GCCGUCCUGAGGUCGAGGUUCGGACUGGCAGCCGGGGGGCUCUAGCAGCCGGAUCCGAUGGCGCAGCGCUGGGCCGGCUUCUCCGAGGAGGAGCUGAGGCGACUCAAGCAGAAUAAAGAAGAGGGAGUUGAGGAAUCCUACUCAGAAUUCAACUUUUCCCUCUUCCCUCCGAGUGGCAUGAGGCGGGCGAUCGGGGAGAAGGAUAUGAAGCUGCUACCCUUGCUCACCUUGCAAAGUGUGAUGAUGGAGAAGCAGACUAGGACUGGGGGCGCCUGACGGACGAUGCAUUUCCUGGUGCAUCUGGAGCUGUGCAUUCACUUCCGGUUGCCACAUGACCUGUGCGCUAUGCUUUCCCUGACUCUUGGAGUCAGCAAGCCAAAAGGGUCCUUGGAAAGCGGGGCAGGGGCAGGGGCGGACAGUAAAGAUGAUGGGACUGUGCUGUGGUGUCUCCCAUGUCCUCUCUCGUCCUCCCUUCCUGCCUCCUUCGUUCACGCUUUCACGAGGAGGAAAAAAUAAGGAUUUUAAAUUUUGCGUGUUGACUUUUCAAGAUUUGUUUCAAGUUGCUUUGGUAGUAGUCAAAAGAAUCAACUAUUUCAACCAACUAGAUCCAAUUGAACCCCAGCGGCGUGGCCCUGUGAAGAAAAGCCGACAGCAACUACAGCGAGAAAAGGCCCUUCAAGAACAAAGCCAAAAACUUGGCCUUCAAGAUGGUUCAAUCUCAUUGCCUCCAGACCAACUGCUUUCUGCACCAAAACAGAAAUUUAAUAAUCAGAAACCACAUUCUUCUACCCCUGUUUCUCCUAGUAGUCUUAGUCUCACCUCUCCUACUGGUGAUGGAAAGCCACAGAGUGGUGAAAAUCAACCAGAGGAACUGGGCUUUCAGAAUUCUCAUGAUGGUCACAAAAGUACUGAGGUUUUACCUCCAAAGCCAGAUUGCAAACUGGGGAAGAAGAAAGUGGAAUUGCAAGAAAAAUCUCGUUGGGAAGUCCUCCAACAAGAACAAAGACUGAUGGAAGAGAAAAAUAAACGUAAGAAAGCUCUUUUGGCUAAAGCUAUUGCAGAAAGAUCUAAAAGGACUCAGGCAGAGACCUUGAAACUAAAGCGGAUCCAAAAGGAGUUACAAGCUUUAGAUGACAUGGUGUCUGCUGACAUUGGAAUUCUCAGGAACCGGAUUGAUCAGGCCAGUCUCGACUACUCAAGUGCUCAGAAACGUUUUGACAGGGCCGAAGCAGAGUACAUAACCGCAAAGCUUGAUCUGCAGCGCAAGACUGAGAUUAAAGAGCAACUCACUGAACAUCUUUGUACAAUCAUUCAGCAGAAUGAACUCCGCAAGGCAAAAAAGUUGGAGGAAUUAAUGCAACAACUGGACGUAGAAGCUGAUGAGGAGGCUUUGGAACUUGAAGUGGAGGUAGAAAGGAUGCUACAUGAACAAGAAUUAGAAGCAAGGAAACAAAUUCAUUUAGAGAGGCCAGUUCAGCCUUCUGGGGACAGUGUGACAUUUCCUAAAGAGAACAAAAAGCUUCAGGAACAAGCUGUUUCCCCAAAGGUAGAUGAACAGUGUGAAAAUUACACUAACCUUCCCCUUCCUGAAUCAGACUGCCCAAGCCAAGAAGUUAAAACAGCAGCAGAUGACAUUGCAGCUGCUUUGACCACAUGAAGUCCCCAUGUUAAUUAUUUCCAGCUAAUAUGAUAUGUUCUGUAAAUCAUUCUUUCUACUAUAGAUUAUGCCAUCACUGCCAAUUAAACUUAUUUUUUGAGUCCAUGAUUAACUUUAGUAUGUUAGCAUAUUGAACUAUUCCAAGGUGCCAAAUUAUGGUAAUUUUAUAAAUGUAUUUUGAUGCAGUUCCUUAGUGUCCCCUUAUUACUGGGUGAAAACAUGACUUAAGAGGAUGGAAGAAAAAUACCUUGUUAAGAGCGUUUUAAAAUCGUAAAUAUACAAUAGAAAAGUAAAAGGGAAAAUAAAAUUUCAAGUUCAUUUGGUUUCUGGGAUAUUGUUGAAAAUGAGAAUUCUAUUUUAUGUAACAAGCAAAAGAGAUGCAAAAAUUAAUGUGAAAAAGAUAAAACUAAAAUCGAAUAAUCGUUCUUGAGUUGCAGUUAAAACCAGCAAUAUAGAGUAAUCUAAUUGCAGCUAAACAAAUUAAGCCAACAUUACUUUUGUUUUCAGUUUACCUUUUAAGUGGCUUUACUUUACAGUCUGAGAUUUUAAAGCUGAUAGAAACAUCCUGUAAAUAUAAGCAUAAAAUAUUGAUAUUUUGUUUUUAGUCCAUGCAUCUAUUGGAUUAAAGUAUUACUACUUGUAGUUAUCUAAAAAAUUGUUCUAUUUUCUUUUUAAACUUAUCUGUAAAUAUGUAUUUUAUAUGUUGAACAGAAAUUGUUCUGUCAUAAAAAUUAAAUUUGUUAAAAUGAUGGUUUUAGUACUUGGAACAGUUUAACUGUUACAAAUAGUUGACACUACACAGUACUGUAUGAAUGUGCAAAUAAUAUUGUGCAACAGAAUCUGUAUCAAAUAUCAUUAAAUUAUGCUCUGUCAAAAAAUUCUGAAAGUACGAAUAGUAGAAAAGAACUAUUCAUAAGGAGAUGAUUGGGAGUCAGGCAGUAGCGCAGUGGGUUAAGCGCACGUGGAGUGAAUCGCAGGGACUGGUGUAAGGAUCCCGGUUUGAGCCCUUGGCUCCCCCCCUGCAGGGAAAUUGCUUCACAAGCAGUGAUCAGGUCUGCAGGUGUCUAUCUUUCUCUCUCCCUCUCUGUCUUCCCCUCCUUUCUCCAUUUCUCUCUGUCCUAUCCAACAAUGACAACAUAAAAAACAACAAGGGCAACAAAAGGGAAAAUAAAAGUUUUUUUUUAAAAAGGAGAUGAUUAAUAUCAAAUCCAUGAUAGUAAAAGUUUUUGAGUGAUAUUAUCUUUUAGUAAUGUUGGAUAUGCUUUAUGUUUUUAUAUUAUGUCACUUGAGUUGAAAUAAUUUUUUUUUAUCAUUUUUUGUUGUUCAGAGUACUGCAGCUCUGGCUUAUGGUAGUGAUGGGGAUUGAACCUGGGAGUUUUGGUGCCUCAGGUAUGAAAGUCUUUGCAUAACCAUUAUGCUGUCUCCCCAGGCCCUAUUGCUGAUUUCUAACAGUAAUCAGUAUAGACAGCUGUUUUCUUUGGGGGAGGGGAGGUAAAACGGGGAAUGCUUUUUUGCCAUACUUUUUAAAACCUUUUUAUUAAGAGGGUUAAUGCUUUACAGUCUCAAGUAUGUGGAGAAUGAGAAACAUGAAAUAAAUGAAUAGAAUGAGGCCUCAGAGAUAGCUGAUCUAAUCACCCUGUUUUAUAGACAGGAGAUUUGAGAACCAGAAAUUUUUAUACCUCGAUAUGCUGACUGUCUGACUAUCUGAAUUUAAAGCACUGGUAAAAUUGCAGUUGUAAACUCUUGACGCAUCUCUUACAUACAUCAGACCAUGAAAUCUACAACAUGUCUCCAUUUGAAAAACUUGCUUUAUAAGUCAUUUAGGGAUAAUGUUUGUGCGUGUGGAAUACUUGCAGAUAUGUCUAAAAGAUCCACCAUCACCAUUACUUAGAAAAACUUACCUUACUUGGCUUUCCCAGGGUGGUAUCCAAGUGCUUAGGUGAUGAUAUAAGUGACAAAGUUAUAUUGCAUCACUUUUGUACAAGGCAGCUGUAUCCCAUGUGUGGGAGGAACAAGAGCAAAUAAAGUGGGGGGGGGGGGCUCACUUGUAUGAGGACCAUAUGCACUGGCUUUUCCAGGACAGCCCUAAUAUCUUUUAAAGCCAUAAAGUACUUCCAAAGACUUUGAUAUAUGGAUUCACAAACCCACAAUAAUUGUUUCUGGAAGAAAAUUACUGGUACAAAGUUACUGGCUUGGGUUUAUCAGGGUCCUUCAUGUGAUACGUGUUUAGGAGUUAACUUUAUUAUUUCGCUUGUACUAUUUAAAAGCUAAUCUACCAAAUUGUAAUAAUUUCCUUAAGACAUGAUUGGGUAAACUUGAAUUCCUCAACUAAAAGUUAUUACACGUUGAUUUCCCUGUGAAUUUAAAUUGGAACAAAUUUUAUACGUUUCAGGAAAGCACAGUCCAUAUUGCAUUUAAAAUAAAAACUUGAGUUAUUCUUCAUUAUUCA